AUGUAUGAUCUUGUAUCAGAUUUUGAAACUGUGACUCCAGAUUUAUGGUUAGCAAAUGAGCAAGCGUGGAAAGAAAAGUUGUUAAAACUCCAAGAUUGGUUUCAGAUACCUCUUAUUAAUUGCAAUGCCUCUCAUAAUCUUCCGGAUGGCACACUGGUGCGAUUUAGAGGAAUGGUCCAAGAUAUGCACAAUCCAGAAUUUUACUUUGAACAAUUUGAGAUUUAUAAUACAAUUACUAAUGAAGUAAAAGUUAAAUCUGGAAAGUACCGCGAUACAGCUAAUGUAUUUGAAAAUGAAAAAAUUAACUAUGCUCACAAUUUGAAAAGUGCCCAACGUCAGACUGUUGUUGUUGUGUCAAUCCCUGGCUUGAAUGAUUGGGCACAUCAAGUAGAAGAUAAACAAAACCAUUUAAAACGAUUAGAGCAGCAACCAAACACGUCUAGACGGCUUAACACUCCAUCAAGUACAAAAUUGAAGCGAAGUUAUGAUGAAACCGAUGAAGACCCAGAUGCUAUGGAUGUUGUUGUUACAGAAAGUUGUUCUAAAGAAAGAAAAAUCUGUGAGAAUCCGAGCAACCCCUCAAACCUUGUAUCUAGAGAGCAUCUAUUGAACUUUCCACUGCCUGAUGUGUCCAGUAAGUCAUGUAUUGUUAAAAUUUACGAAGAAAAUGAUAACCUGAAGUUGAAUGACUUAAUUGAGGUAGUUGGUUUCUUAUCAGUAGAUCCAGCUUUGUCCGGUGAAUUCCAGCCUGAAAAGGACUUGCUCGUCGAACCUGAAAUUGAAAGUGAAGUUGAAACUAUCACACAUAAUCCUCCACCCAGUCUUGUACCGCGUUUACAUGCUGUAUAUGUAAAAAAAUUGGAACAUUGUAAUCCUCUUAUACAAGAGAAUUUUGAUCAAGAUUCUGUUUUGAAAAAAGCAAAUGAAGCAAGAGAACAUCUGUUAAAAGCAUUAACAGAAUUACUACUUGGAGAUAGUUUGGCAGCCGAAUAUCUAAUAUGCCAUCUUAUUGCUUCGGUUUACUUACGACAAGAUACAAUUACGCUUGGUCAGUUUUGCUUGAAUCUGUCCAAUUUGCCUACACAAAAGUAUCCGGACUAUGCAAAGCAGCUGUAUGAUAUUAUAAAACAGUUUGUUACCAAAAGUUAUUAUCUUCCACUCACCAUAGAUAAUAUGAAUACGCUGACACUGCUACCUAAAAAGGAUUAUGACUGCAAUCGCCUCACCAGCGGCGUUCUACAAUUAAGCAAAAACACGCACCUGGUAUUGGAUGAGACUAAAAUGGAACAAGGUACAUUAGACGCAACUGGAGUUAACAAUAUCGCGGCGCUUGGAAGCAUGAUCAAGAACCAGAAAGUGGAGUACGACUUCAAGUAUUACAAAAUGGAUUUCGAAGCGGACAUACCAGUCUUGAUACUUUCUGAGGGAAAGUCGUUGUUGCCUAAUGAUUAUCAUGUGCCCCUGAGACCGGAAGAAUCAUCUUUAGAGAUUUUUGAUGCAAUUGUGGAAGCAGCCACAUAUUAUCUGAAAGAAGAAAUUAUGAAUGUCAUAAGGACCUAUUUAACCAGUAUUAAACUUGUCAAAUACACAAUAACCGAAGAUUUACAGUUUGUAGAGGACGACUUUAUAGAGAUGAGGAGCAAAUCCGAUGUUCAAAAUCCAGUGACUGCAGAUGACCUGCAUCGAUUAUUAGUCCUGGCAAGACUUGUGAGCCUCUCAAGGGGGCACGAUACACUUAACAAAAGCUGCUGGGAAAUCACAAAAACUAUGGAGGCUGAGAGACUUCACAGGCUUAAGAAUAGAGCGUCAACUAAUUUAUAA